AUGGCGUCAACAGAACAGACGCCUCUUCUACAGGAAGAAGAUUCAUCAAUUAUUCCUCCCGAGGGUGAAGCCCCACAACCAAGAGGUACCUUCGCCCGCCGUUUAGGCGCCCUUGACGGCUUCGCGCUCCUUAUCAGCAUCGUGAUCGGCUCAGGCGUUUUCUCUUCUCCCGGCCCUGUUGAUGCGAAUGUACCUUCUCCAGGCGCUGCCCUUUUGAUCUGGCUUCUAGGCGGCGUCUUAGCAUGGACCGGUGCACUCACCAUGGCCGAGCUUGGCACGGCGUUUCCUGGCGAAGGCGGCAUCCAGCCAUACCUCUCAUACAUUUAUGGUGAGGUCUUCGGCUACAUGGCAGCUUGGAGUUGGAUUGUCGCAACGAUGCCUGCUACGCUUGCCAUCCUUAGCAUCGUCUUCGUGGAGAGCAUUUACUCCAGCUUUGGCGUCAAUGAACCCCAACCGCCGAUUACGCAUAAGCUAUUGUCGUUGUUGGUUCUGGUGGUGGUCAGUACGGCGAAUUCGAUUAGUACUAAGACAAGCACGCGGUUGAGUAGCUUCUUCGUGGCUAUCAAGCUUCUCACGAUUUUCUUACUUAUCGUUGCGGGUUUGACGGCUGUCUUCAUGUUCGUAGUUGGCCACAACGACCUUGGGGGUGGGGACUGGCAUGAGAAGAGUUGGUUCGAGUCGAGGAGCACGGUCAAUCCUGACGGAAGUCCGUUGGACUGGAAGGGUGUGAGUGCAUGGCAGAGUCUUGGAUUCUACAGCACAGCGCUGUAUGGUGCUCUAUGGGCGUACUCGGGAUGGGAUAAAGCAAACUAUGUCGCCGCUGAGCUUCGAAACCCGCGAAAGCAGCUUCCACUGUCUAUCAAUACUGCUAUUCCAACUAUCAUCGUCUGCUAUGUCGCCGCGAAUGCAGUUUACUACGUUCUGCUACCCUGGAGAGUGGUCUCUACGACGGAUGCUGCUGCUGUGACCGCCGUGACGCAUUUCCUCGGUAAAGGCGUGGCCUAUUUUGCAACGGCCCUCAUCUGCCUCGUCAUUGCCGGGUCAGCACUGGGCAACUCCUUUGUAGCCGGCCGCAUGACGGUCGCAGCAUCCAACAAGGGCUGGAUUCCUCAACUUCUGGGCACCGUGGGUCAUAUCGGAACAUUCAGAGUCUCCAAAUCCAGUACGGAAGGCGAUCAUACUGGUGAAGCCAUGGACAAAGGCGAGUCCCCCAUCAAUUCGCUGAUUCUCAACACCGGACUCUCGGCUAUCUACAUCCUUCUGGGCAACAUGCGUAUCCUCCUAACCUUAAAUGGACUGGCCGAAUACGCUUUCUUCUUCCUCACGGUGCUGGGCGCGAUCAUAUUGCGCUUCAAGGAGCCCGAGUUGGAGCGCCCAGUGAAGCCGUUCAUCUUGAUACCGAUUCUCUUCGCAGUCAUUAGCGGCUUUGUGGUAGUGCGCGGAGCUGUGUUUGCGCCGGUACAAGCUAGCAUCCUACUCGGCAUUUGGGCUAUUGGGUUGGCAUUAUAUUAUGUGAGGAGGAAUGUAGUGAACAGGCGCAUCGCAGUGUGA